AAGUAUUUUGUAACUAAAUAUAGCUACUGCCAAAUAAUUACAAAAUUUUAGCCAUAGUUACAAAAGAUUUGAUAGUAAUAACAAGUUUUUCUUGUUGUGUAUUAUAUAUUCAUUACACAUUUUCUCUCUUUUCUCGUUUGUUCAAUCUUUUUGCCUUUUGUAAUUUAACACUCUUCAGAAUAUAAAUGGCUCCAGCAACUCUAACUGAGCUUGCGGGAGAGUCUAAGCUCAACUCCAAGUUCGUCCGGGACGAGGACGAACGUCCCAAGGUUGCCUACAAUGAGUUCAGCAACGAAAUCCCCGUGAUAUCUCUCGCGGGAAUCGACCAUGUUGGUGGGAAAAGAGGAGAUAUAUGUCGUCAGAUCGUUGAGGCUUGUGAGAACUGGGGAGUUUUCCAGGUCGUCGACCAUGGCGUCGAUACUAAAUUGGUGGCUGAUAUGACUCGUCUCGCUAGCGACUUCUUCUCUUUGCCACCUGAGGAUAAAAUUAAGUUCGACAUGUCCGGUGGUAAAAAAGGAGGAUUCAUCGUCUCAAGUCAUCUCCAGGGAGAGGUUGUUCAAGAUUGGAGAGAGAUCGUGACGUAUUUCUCGUACCCGGUGAGAAACCGAGACUACUCACGGUGGCCGGGUAAGCCGGAAGGGUGGGUGAAAGUGACUGAGGAGUACAGCGAGAAGCUGAUGGAGUUGGCUUGUAAGCUUCUUGAGAUUUUGUCUGAAGCUAUGGGGAUUGAGAAAGAAGCACUUACUAAUGCAUGCGUCGAUAUGGACCAGAAAAUAGUCGUUAACUAUUACCCCAAAUGCCCUCAGCCUGAUCUCACACUCGGACUCAAGCGUCACACUGACCCUGGAACCAUCACUUUGCUGCUUCAAGACCAAGUCGGUGGUUUACAAGCCACCCGAGACGAUGGGAAGACGUGGAUUACGGUUCAGCCUGUUGAAGGAGCUUUUGUCGUCAAUCUUGGCGACCAUGGUCACUAUCUGAGCAACGGGAGGUUCAAGAACGCUGACCACCAGGCGGUGGUGAACUCCAACUCGAGCAGAUUUUCUAUAGCCACGUUCCAGAAUCCGGCUCCGGAAGCAACCGUGUAUCCGCUUAAAGUGAAAGAAGGAGAGAAGCCAAUACUGGAGGAGCCGAUUGCGUUUGCGGAGAUGUACAAGAGAAAGAUGGGUAGAGAUCUCGAGCUGGCUCGCCUCAAGAAGCUGACUAAAGAGAAACAAGGAGGCUGCGAAGCCUCUUGACCAAAUCAUCGCAUAAUUAGAAUCCUUUUGUUGGUCCCCGUUUAGUGAGAAGAACCUCAUUGCAAAUAUGGGUAUCUCAAGCUAGAUCAUAACUUGUAGGGUGCAACUGGAAUGCAUUUUUUUGGAAUAGAAACUUCCUGAAUGCUUAAUUCUUUUUCAUUCCACAAAAUAUUCACCAGUUGCAAUGAAAAAAAAGAAUGAGUAUUUCAUCUCAUUCCAUAUUAUUCCUUUCAAUUCCAAAAAAACAUCAACAUUCUUUUGAAAAAUCAUUCCACGUAAAAAUAGUUUUAGAACAAAUGAAUACUAAUUUCAUUCCGUUGGAUUCCACUAAUUAUCAUUCCUUUAAUUCUAUUUAUUCAUUUUAUUAACAUCCAGUUACAGCUGUAAUUUCUUAUAUGUUCGAGUAAAACACUUGUCAUUUUUAUGAAGCAAAUAAGCAAAAUAUUCAAAUAAAUUAACUUAAGUGAUGAUUGUUUUCCUAGUUUUUAGAUUCUAGUUUUUGAGUUUUGGAUUUUGGUUUUUGGUUUUUG